GUCAUGUGAUUGUGAUAUCUACACCACCUACUGUUUUUGGUAAGGAUAUCAAAUAAGUCCAUUAAGUUUCUCAGGACAGAAUCAUCUUUGCGGAUGCAACUGCAGAACAGGAAACAGACUCAGAGAGAAUUUUAACCCCCGCCCCCAAUCUCAUUGGUCCUCUGCACAAUCCAAGCCACAAUCACUCCUGCAACACAACCCAUUCCUUUCAGCACUCGCAGCCCUGGACAGCUCCCUCGCCGCGCGGCUCAAUCCCCUGCAGCGAGCAGGAUCCAGCUCAGCCAGCGUUGGUCGGCAGGGUGCCGCAGCAGAUACCAAGUCCUCCCCAGAGCUUGCAGAGCACGCGCUCCAUCCCUCCUCCCUCUCAGCGCCCCCGCCACUGGCUCACCCCAGCUCACUCCAGACGCGAGUUUAAGGGAUUCCCUCUCGGACGGCCUCUGCAGCAGCACAUCUGGCCUCAUUCGCUGCAAGGCAACCAUGGAUCUCCGAGGAAGAGCCGUUCUCAGUUUUAAUAGACUUCGAGUUCUCCUAAUGCUGUUCCGUACAAUGGCUCGAAUCACGGCAGAACAAGAAGUGGAAAAUCUCUCAGGCCUUUCCACUAACCCCGAAAAAGAUAUAUUUGUGGUGCGGGAAAAUGGGACGACCUGUCUCAUGGCAGAGUUUGCAGCCAAAUUUAUUGUCCCUUAUGAUGUGUGGGCCAGCAAUUAUGUCGAUCUGAUCACGGAACAGGCUGAAGUCUCACUGACCCGGGGAGCGGAGGUGAAAGGCCGCUGUGGUCACAACGAGUCGGAGCUGCAGGUGUUCUGGGUGGAUCGCGCGUACUCUCUCAAAAUGCUGUUUGUAAAGGAAGGUCACAACACCUCCAAGGGCCCCGAGGCGACGUGGAGGCUGAGCAAGGUCCAGUUUGUCUACGACUCCUCGGAGAAGACCCAUUUUAAAGACGCAGUCACCGCUGGGAAGCACACAGCCAACUCCCACCGCCUCUCUGCCUUGGUCACACCAGCUGGGAAGUCCUAUGAGUGUCAGGCUCAGCAGACCAUUUCACUAACCUCCAGCGAUCCGCAGAAGACAGUCACCAUGAUCCUGUAUGCAGUCCACAUCCAGCCCUUUGACAUCAUCUCUGAUUUUGUCUUCAGUGAAGAACAUAAAUGCCAGGUGGAUGAACAGGAACAGUUGGAGGAAACCUUGCCCCUGAUCUUGGGGCUCAUCUUGGGUUUCGUCAUUGUGAUAACACUGGUGAUUUACCACAUCCACCACAAAAUGACUGCCAACCAGGUGCAAAUCCCUAGGGACCGGUCCCAGUAUAAGCACAUGGGCUAGGGGCCAUUAGGCAGGCAGCCCUAAACCCUGUCCCUCACCUGGAUCGGAUAGAGACACAAAAGCACUUUACCACCUUGUACAUGGGAUACACCAACAUAGCUACAAUCCAGCAGUCCUGGGUAUCCACAGCUUGCUUGGCCAGUGUCCAUGCUUAAACCCAGGGAUGGAGGGAUCCUUUUGGCUGCAGGGGGUGAGUGGCAAUUGUUCUCUCUAUGCUGGAGAAUGGGAAUAGGGGGGUCAGCCAGCUUUCAUGCUCAUGGUGGCUUGGCUUUGACUCUUAAAGGAGCAACACAUAAAAGUCAGAGGAAUAUCUGGCCCCAAACUUUACAGAUUGGAAAGACACUCCCUUUGGGAAGUCACCCCUUUAGAAAUAGGGGUGUUUUGGUCCCUUGAACACAGCUGGCUAACCCUACACAAUUGUCAAUGCACAUGAAAUACAACCUCAUGCUCCCUGCGGCAAGACCCCUGAAAGUGACCCACGCUUCUGGCUGGCAUUCUGCAUGUCUAGUGAAUGUCUUGGAAUGUUCCACGGCUACCUGCACCCAGUGACUUCGCAGCACAAGCAUCUGGUCAAUGCCACUCUACAGAGUUGUAUGGACUUCACAGUGUGCCAGGUCCAACUAAUGGGACCUGAAGAAUCAAUCAAUCCAUGUGAGUUUGUUUUUCAGAAUGAAUUAAAACACUACAGUCUAAA